ACGUUAUUGUUUGGCUUAAUUCAAUUUACAAUUUACAAAUGUCUUUUUCUUUUUCUUUUUUGUUGAAAUUUUUAGUUGUGGUGGUGGUGGUGGUGUUAGCUCAAUGCCUCCAACGACAAUAUUUAUGGCAGUGGUCUCGCAAGCUGGUUGAGAAGGUCCACGGGAAAGAGAUAACGAAAUUCAACAGCCUGGGCUUGCCUUGCCAUUUAUUGCACUCCCUUUCAUUGCUCCCUUAUAAAAACUUUUCUUUUAGCUUCUUUUCCCUCACUCACACAAUAUUUCUCCUUUCUCUUCUUUUUUCCUCCUUCUUCACUUGCUUUCUUGGGUCGUUUCUCUGCUCUGUUUGGACGUGAGAAUUUUCAAACACCCAAGCCCAGAUUUAUCGUUUUCAGUAUAAAUCCCAUCUGGGUUUUGUUCCUAUAGUCUAUUUUGAUCUGGGUUUUGUCUUUGACGUUCAUCUUUCACGUUUUCAGCUUGCAAAUCUUUUUGGUUUUUGUAGCUCCGGUGGAAUAAAUCCGCCGAUCACAUGGAAAUAGCAACGGCAUUGAUGAUCUUAUCCGCCGUCGCGGCGUACUUGUCAUGGUUCAGACUAAUCUCGCGGUCACUGAAGGGGCCACGUGUCUGGCCUCUAUUUGGAAGCCUGCCCGGGCUCAUCGAGCACUCAAAUCGCUUGCAUGACUGGAUCACGGACAACCUUCGCGCUUGCGAAGGCACGUACCAGACUUGCACGUGUGCAUUCCCAUUCCUGGCGAAGAAGCAGGGGCUCGUGACUGUCACAUGCGACCCUAAGAACGUGGAGCGUAUUUUGAAGGCCCGGUUCGAUAAUUACCCCAAGGGGCCUAAUUGGCAGGCUGUGUUCCAUGAUUUGCUUGGUGAUGGGAUCUUCAAUUCUGAUGGUGACACGUGGCUGUUCCAGCGAAAGACGGCUGCACUGGAAUUCACCACCCGAACGCUGCGCCAAGCCAUGGCUCGGUGGGUGAGCACGGCCAUCAAGCUUAGGUUUUGCCCUAUUCUCAAGAUGGCUCAGCUGGAAGCCAAGCCUGUUGAUCUUCAAGACCUCCUGCUUCGGCUCACUUUUGAUAAUAUUUGCGGCUUGGCUUUCGGCAAGGACCCGCAAACCCUCUCUCCAGGGUUACCAGAGAAUGGCUUCGCCUUGGCUUUCGACCGAGCCACCGAAGCCACGCUUCAACGCUUCAUUUUGCCGGAGGUUGCAUGGAAGUUAAGGAAAUGGCUCCGGCUGGGAAUGGAAGUCAGCAUGAGCCAAAGCCUCCAACACAUCAACCAAUACCUAACCAACAUUAUUGACACACGUAAGCACGAGCUAAUGAGUCAGGAGCCAGGUGGUGGUGGGACCCCGCAUGACGACCUACUUUCGAGGUUCAUGAAGAAAAGGGGGUCCUACUCGGACCAAUUCCUUCAAUACGUGGUGCUCAAUUUCAUCCUAGCUGGACGUGACACGUCAUCUGUCGCACUGAGUUGGUUCUUUUGGUUGGUAAGUCAAAACUUCAGAGUGGAAGAGAAAAUCCUCAUCGAGAUCUGCACUGUCCUAACGGAAACACGAGGCAGCGACACGUCCAUGUGGGUGGAGGACCCGCUAGAUUUCGAGGAAGUUGACCGAUUGAUAUACCUUAAGGCAGCAUUGUCCGAGACCCUAAGGUUGUACCCAUCAGUGCCUCAGGACUCGAAGCACGUUAUUGCUGAUGACAUUUUGCCUAGUGGGACAUUUGUGCCGGGAGGCUCAUCAAUCACAUAUUCAAUAUAUGCAAUGGGGCGGAUGGAGUCAAUAUGGGGUGAAGAUUGCCUAGAAUUCAAGCCUGAGAGAUGGUUAUCCCUAGAUGGCAAGAGAAUGGACGCACAAGAUUCCUAUAGAUUUGUAGCGUUCAAUGCAGGUCCAAGAAUUUGCUUGGGGAAAGACUUGGCCUACUUGCAAAUGAAGUCGAUUGCGGCGGCGCUGCUGCUGCGGCACCGGCUGACAGUGGCAACGGGGCACCGCGUGGAGCAAAAGAUGUCAUUGACAUUGUUCAUGAAGUAUGGGCUCAAGGUUGAUGUGCACCCAAGAGACUUGAACCCUAUAUUGGAGAAGAUUUGCACGUCAAAGGACAGUAGAAAUCCACAACCUUCAGAUGAAGAACUUCGAGCAGCUGACUUUAUAUUUUACCGUGCCAUUGACAUUCGGCGCUGUGAAAUCCUGGAUAAAAUAGGGGAAAAAGUAGCUGGGAUUGAAGUUAAAUUUAUGUUUAACAGAUUGGAUCUUCGGAAGCCCAGUAUUGUUCUGAAUCUUGAUUCAGACAAGAAAGGAGUUGGUGGAAAUGCUGUAGCAAGUAAUGAAACAGAGGUUCCUUCCAAGAAAAACCUAUCUACAGAGCACACAACCCUAACGUCAAAAGGAAUUUCUAUUGAUUCUCUAGGUAAAGAACAUGCUGAUUCAAAUGCUGCAUUGGUUAAACAGAAAUCUUCACUUAGAGAGAAGCCUGCUUCCACUGUAGGUGUAAAAAUUGCUGAAAUGGCUCAAAGUAACUAUAAAAUGGAGAAUAUCUGCAGUUACCAGGCCAAAUCAAGGUCUAAAGUUAGAGAAAAUACAGACUCCAAAGCUUCUCUUGAUAAACAGAAAUCUUCACUUAGAGAGCACCCUUCUUCUAGCGUAGGUGUAGAGUCAGAAAUUUCUAAAACUAACAAUCGGCUGGACAAUAUUCCCAGUGACAACACUGCAUCAAGGUCUGAAGAUGAUUCUAUCAAGUGCGAGGGUAAAGUUGGUAAUAUUCUUGUGAGACAGGGCAAAGUUGGUAAGGUUGUUGUCGGAUUUGAGCAGAAAGUAAAAUCUGCUAAGGAUUGUGGUGAACUCCAGUAUAGGGCGUCUAAGAAGGCAAAAUUUGAUAGUUCUGUUAAAGUAUUUUAUGAUAAGAAUGAGUUGGAUGGUAAUGAUCUAAAGGCUUUAGCAACUAUAACUGCUUCUGAAGAUAAACUUAGACUAAAGUCUGCGAAGGAUUCUCAAGGGGCUGAGAAGGGCCCUUCUAAGAAGCUGCCUGAUGGGAAGACAAAACUUUCUGGUGGGAAGUGGCAUAAAGCAUCUCCAAGACAGUCUUCAGACGUGGACAAAAAAAUGGAAGUUACCCGAAGACCAAAUGUGGAUAGAAGCACAUGGUUUAGGGGACUUCCCUGGGAAGACAGAAUGAAAACUGCUUAUGAGCAAGGAACACUAGUUCUGCUUCAAAAUUUGAAUCCGGCUUAUACUUCAACCGAAGUUGAGGAUAUUGUUUGGCAUCACUUCAAGGAAAGUUGCAAAGCAAAGAUGAUUCAGCGGACUUCAAUUUCUAGCCCGCACUGUGGUCAAGCUUUCGUUAUAUUCAAAACAAGGGUAGCGGCAGAGAUGGUUGUUAGAAAGUUAGACAAGGGCUGCCUAUUACUAUCAAGUGGGAGGCCUCUUGUUGGAAGUAUUGAAACGCCUUGCUUCCCAGAAAAGAAAGCUACUUUUUUCGGCCAUUUUGUUAUUGAUAAACUUAGACGUCAUAUGACUCGAGAAAUGGUAGAGAAGCUCUAUCUACUUCACAUUGUUCUCAGCCUAACACAAUUGAAUAUGAGAUGGCCAUGGAAUGGUGCUUGCUGCAAGAAAUAUCAGAAAUCUCAUGGGAAAAGUUGUAUAAGCAACAAUGGGAGGAGUUUAGGAAACUUAAGUCCAACUUCAAGUCCAAAUGACCGCUAGUGGCUUUGUGCAUGUCCUCUUCCUGGAAUCCUGAGGCAUCCCAAACAAUGGGCUUUUUUUGUUCAUGCCUUCAUGGUUACGAGAAGUCAUCAAAUCAGAGAGGGUUCCUACCGUCUGACUAGUAUUAGUAUAUAUCGGAAGAAUUUGAGUAAAUAUAAAUGAAGCAGAUUCCCUGUUUAUCAGGAUUCAGGCAAAUUUUGAGCGUAUGUUAAUAUUGGUUGUGGAUCGUUCUUGCUGUUGCGAAUUGGAGAUAUCCUUUUCCACUUAAUGUGCAUCAUGGACACUGUAGAAUUAUCGUAUCUUGUCAAUUAUGGAAAUAUGUUCAGCAAUCAGAUUUACUUC